CCCGGCGAUGACGCGGUAGUGGUUUCUCUCUUCGCGUGUGGUGGGCUGAACCCCCUUCUCCCUCCAGCGUGGCACUUUGCAUCCACCUUUUUCCGUCCUACCUUUUUCUCGACCCAAGUAUCCUGUUUGCCCAUACCCCAGUAACAUCUACAGGCAUGUCCCAACGCAUUCACCUCAACCCUAACGUCCCUCGUCAGUCGCCUAUGAUGGGCGGCAUCGGCGGCGGGUACGCCCCGGACCCCAUCUCCCGGCCAACCGAGACCCAGAGGUUCAGCGACAAUGAGAUGCUUGCAAACAUCCAAAAGUGGAGUAGCAAGGUUGAAGAUGUGAUCGAGACUUACACUCAGCCCAUCCGACCGUAUGUGCCUGCCUUGGCCAGGUUCCUCAUUGUUGUUACUUUCCUUGAGGACGCUUUGAGAAUCCUUACUCAAUGGGGUGACCAGUUGUGGUACCUUCAAAAGCAUCGACACUUUCCUUGGGGCAUUUCCCACUUGUUCCUCUUGAUCAACGUCGUGGCCAUGCUUGCUGGUUCCUUCGGUGUCAUCUCCAAAAGGUACCCCGAAUACUCUGUCUUCUGCCUUCUCGGAGUGGUUGCUACUCAAGGCAUUGGUUACGGUCUCCUUUUCGACCUUUCUUUCUUCCUUCGCAACCUCAGUGUUGUUGGAGGUCUUCUCAUGGUUCUCUCCGACUCUUUGCAGAAGAACAAGAAGCUAUUCGCUGGCUUGCCCACUCUUAGCGAGACUGACCGACGCAAGUACUUCCAGCUUGCCGGCCGAAUCCUCCUCAUCUUCCUUUUCAUUGGUUUCGUCUUCCAAGGCAACUGGUCCUUCGCCCGUGUCAUCGUCUCCAUCGUCGGUUUGGGCGCCUGUGUCAUGGUCGCCGUGGGCUUUAAGGCCAAAUGGAGUGCCAGUUUCCUUGUCGCUCUUUUGAGCAUCUUCAAUGUCUUCAUUAACAAUUGGUGGAGCGUCCACGCUGCUCACCCUCAGAGGGACUUUCUCAAGUAUGACUUCUUCCAGACCUUGUCCAUCGUCGGUGGUCUCUUGUUACUUGUCAACAUCGGUCCUGGAGGGUUUUCCAUGGACGAGAAGAAGAAGGUCUAUUAAAAAUGCCUGCAAUGAGCAAUGUAGCAAAGGGGAAGACAAUCAAGAUAAUCGUCACAGUUUAUGCAUACAUCAAGAGUUUGAAUUAUUAUCUCUUCAUUUUUGCCUAGUUUUUUUAAUCUCAGAUGAUGCAAUCGCUGUAGAACAG